AAUAGAAAAAAAUCAACACACCAGAGUCGGAGGAGUCCUGCCGCAGAGCAACUAUAAAAAGGACACCCUGCAGCCGUGUGUACCGGAGUCUCUAUUGGUGUCAGCCAGCAGCUUACAAAGUCAGACGCAUGUGAUGAUACACCGGCCGAGUAGUGGAGUCCAGGUGGCAACUGCUAGACAAAAACGAUGUGCACGCCCCCACAAAAAACACACACAGACGAGAAACACACAGGAGCACAAGGACCAAAAGAAGCAGCAGGACGAGAAGGAGCAGCCAGCUAAACGACCAGACUUUGAUUCACUCAGUUGGCAGACCUUUAAAAAGCAAUUAAGGACAAUACGAUUUUCGCCCUCAAAGGCUGCAAGCUGUCAACGCGUUGAGAACGGAGGAAAGUUCAAGAAGCUUAACGAGCGCAAAUCAUUAGAAUAUUUAUAGCCGCCUCAUUAGCGAGCUGUCAAAUAAUUAUGUGCCAUUAUUGCGGAAUGUGGCACACUAAUACCAAUUAUUUUAAUCAAAUGAUGUGCAGACAGAUCCACAGAAAAAAAGCGAAAAAUUGAAAACAUUGUUGCCAGUGUCUGCGAUGUGGCAUGCCACCGUUGGCAAAUCAAUUGACAUGCCUGGAUGCCAAGCGUCAACAGCCCUCAGCCCAUGACAAUUAAAUUGCGCAUUGAAUUUUAAUGCAAUUCAAUUAAAAUAUAAAAUAUUUUUCAAUUGGUUCACUGAAGCGGUUAGCCGUCGUCCGACUCCGGGCCACGUAAUUAAAUUAAUCAACGAUGCUCUCACUCUUUGCCACCAAUGCUGCCAGCGUUUAUUUGCUACCAACAUGUGAUACAAUUCUGUUGCAUCAUUUAUUUAAAUCCUAAAUUUGGCUUCAAAUUCCAAGGAUUUGCUAAAUUGAUAUUCCUAAUAAUU